AUCUAAACUUAGAUAGUCGAAACGUCUACAUAUCCAUCUGAUUUGAGCUCUAGUUUGCUCCGCCAAAAUUUGUCUCAGACUCCACCAUCGCACGUAGUCAUGGCCGAUCCGCAACAGCAAACGCCUCAGAUUGAAUAUGGAGGGCAGUCCGGGUCUACGGAGGACGCCUCACGAGAGGCUAGAGGAGGGCAAGAAGGUAGAACUGAGACACCCACCGAUGGUGAGGAGUUAGAUGAGGAACUUGUCGUCAGUGACACGGAGACCAAAGAAGGCAUAGUCUUUGACGCGUGGGAUUAUGCAGAGGAGGAUGACGAUGAAGGGUGUGGAUUGGAGGAAUUGGAUGUGAUUGUCAAAGUGGCGGAUGCUGCUGCAUCUCUUGAGUUGAUCGCGGAGAGUAGCCGGGUUUCUUGGUAG